GAAGAGAUUGUCCUCACUCUGAAGAUGGCGUCUUUGCCCCUUUGUUUUUGUUGUAGAGAAAGUGUGUGUGAGCUCUAGCAGCAGUGAUCCAUCAGAGCCGCUGUAUGUCCGAAUCUUUUUCCUGAAUGUUUUUCCAUCUCCCGGUAGCCUACAAAGCUAUUUAAGUCAGCUUAGCAUGCUAGCUGGAAACAGACUGACGGGGACGGAAGUUAGCAACACAGCGCCUGUCAGAGUGACUGAUGGAAAGCAAGCGGUGUUUGGAUGUGGAGACAAAGUCUAAAAUGUCUAAAGCCCAAAUGCUGAGAGCGUUGGUGAAGCAGCGGCUAACUGCGGCUGCUGAAGAGAUAUUUGGGCUGUUUGAAAGAACGAUAGCAGAGUACGAGGAGGAACUCUCUAGAUCAAGUGAGGAGAACGAGCGACAACGGAAACUACUGGACGCUGUUUUUACCCCUCAGCUUCAGUUACACAGAGCGGACGUCCAGCAGCUGUUGGUGGUUAAAGAAGAGGUUCCUCCUGAGCAGCAGGAGUGGAACUCCAGUCUGGACCAGGAGGACCCAGAGCCCCCAUACAUUAAAGAGGAACAGGAGGAACUCUGGAGCAGUCAGGAGGGAGAGCAGCUUCAAGGGCUGGAGGAGGCUGAUAUCAAUUUCACAUUCACUCCGGUGAAGAAUGAAGACGAGGGUGAGGAGAUACCUCAGUCCUCACAGCUUCAUCAGAGACAAACUGACCAGAUGGAAACAGGAGCUGAUGGAGAGGACUGUGGAGGAGCAGAACCAUCCAGGAACUCAGAUCCAGAUACAUAUUUGCAACCAGUUAGUGAAGAUGAUUCUCUGGACUCUAAUGAGACUGAAGUCAGUACUGAUGAUUGGGAGACCAGAGACCCUCAAUCAGGCUUAAACUCUCUGAAAAAUGAUAAAGUCUCUGUCAGUGGUUCAAGAUGUACUACUCGUGAGAAACCGUUUAGUUGUUCUGAGUGUGACAAAAGAUUUGGCCACAAGGAGAGUCUGAAACAACACAUGAGAUCUCACACAGGAGAGAAACCGUUCAGCUGUUCAGUGUGUGGUAAAAGAUUUUUGUGCAGGGCAAAUAUGAAGACACACAUGGUAACUCAUACAGGAGAGAGACCUUACAGCUGCUCAGUUUGUAAGAAAUCUUUUACACAGGGUGGAAGUUUACAGAAACACAUGAGGAUCCACACAGGAGAGAAACCAUACACCUGCCCAGUGUGUGCUAAAGCUUUCAGUGAUGGUGGAAAUCUGAAGAUGCACAUGAAAAUUCACACAGGAGAGAAACCAUACAGCUGCUCAGUGUGUGGCAAAGCUUUCAGUGAGAGAGGAAAUAUGAAGAUGCACGUGAGAAUUCACACAGGAGAGAAACCAUUCAGCUGCUCAUUUUGUAGGAAACCUUUUUCACAGAGUGGAAGUUUACGGAAACACAUGAGGAUCCACACAGGCGAGAAACCGUUCAGCUGCACAGUGUGUGGCAAAGCCUUCAGUGACAAUGGGAAUUUGAAAAUACACAUGAAAAUCCACACAGGAGAGAAACCAUUCAGCUGCUCAGUGUGUGGAGAAAGAUUUAUACAAAAGAUACAACUGACACAACACAUGGUACAUCACAUACAGGGGCGACGCCAGGGAUGUUGGACCCCAUGAGAAGAUACCACAAUAGGCCCCACCACAGGCUAUGGGAACCUUGCAUGAAUACUCUCACUAGAUCUCAUGAAUGACAAGAUGUUAUGUUAUGUCUCUUUUCCUAGUCACACACAUGCUGUUUGUUAAGUGUUCUGCUGGGUAUUAAGAAUUUCAUCCAUGCUGUUGGCUCAGAUUAAACUUGAAAAUGAAGGAGGGAGACUUACAGUCUGAUAUCUGUUAUGAGGGUUUAUGGUUUUCUUUUAGUUCUUUUCAACAGAGCUACACCCAAACAGGCAUCUCAGAGUUCCCGCUUCUUUUCCUUUGUCUUUGUCCUGACCACACGGUCAGACAAACACCUCCCCCAUCUAAAGCCAGCUUUGAUUCGGCCAUCUUGUUUUCUAGGCCAAACAGCUCUUUGAUCACCACACCCGCCUUUGUCUUUCUCUUCUUUCUCUCUCUCUCACACACACACACACACACACACACACACAUACACACCAAGCUUGUAUAUAGUUAGUUAGAAUUUGUCUUUUGGUUUUGCUUUGCUUACUUCGUGAAUAAAUAUAAUUCU